GCAAUCAUACAUAAAUUAUUUUAUGAUGAUUCCAUUGAUUCGUUAUACUUGUUAAUGUGUUCAGGGCUGUCGAUCAUAAGCGCUGCCAAUUGAAAACAUGCAAUACGUGUCCGUUAUACGGAUUUUGAUAAAAAAACCCCUGUUAUUUAUUUGUUGUUAAAUAAUAAAAGACGAAACAAUUGAAGAUCUCCAUUCCCUACGCAGAGUUACUAUGACAUUUAUAGAACCCUGCAGCUUAGAAUCUACAUACAAACUAGUGUACCGGCUUUCAUAUUAAGUAAUAAAUUCAUGAUUCUUCAACAUUUUUAGAUUAUUCUAUAUUUAUCGGCACAACUUAGAUCAAACAUCUAAAAGAAGUCGAAGCACGCUGUAAAGAUCGUUGUUAAGAUGGGAGUUCUGCCUUGGAUAUUUAUCGAGAUAUGUUUAUAAUAUUAAACAUCUUCAUUUGCUUAAAUCAGAGUUUGCUACCAAGUGUAGACCCUGCUACCUGGGCAAUGUAUCAUCUAUUGCAAUCACCCAUGGUAAUCAACACAUUUUUGAACAGAAGACUUGAAUAGGCUGUCUUGUUUCAUCGCGUGAAAAUGCAAAUAUUAAUUCAAGGAUGGUACAUGAAUAUAUAAGCUCUGAAAGUAUAAUCCUAUGAAUGGCUGUAUGAAAUGAAUAGUUUUUGUCGAUAUUCUCUGCUUCGCCAACCCAUUCAAACAUCUGAACCACGACGAAGGGUGCCGUUGCCAACAUGUUUUAAGACGUGAACUGAUGUGAGAGCUCCUCAUUCUGCAUCAAGUGGUUGUAGGUAACAUUUGUCAUCAGUGGCUCUCACCAUCCUGCAAUAAUGGCUCAGGUCGACAUGGUAAACAGAGACCCUAACAAUAUCAACAACCAUAUUCUGGUCGCAUUUGAGGAUGUGUUGGCAGAGCCUGACGGAGUCCAUUCCAUUGACUGCGUGUGGCGGCUGUCAUACAGUUGCUUCGAAUGCGGCAAGAACUGCUGCUACAAGAUCCUGACACUUCUCUGCGGAAUCUGCAUCGCGCUCGCCUGGGGCUGCAACUUCGCUAUCACCGCCUUUGACCACGUCUGGUGGUGGACGCCUUGUCUCCGUGACUUCUCCAUCUGCGUUGGAUGCUGGCAGAAGGUUUACGGCACUAUCGUCAUGUGCUGUUGUGGGCCAGUCUGUGAGGCGUGUGGCAUGAUGUUCAGUAGAAUCAAGAUUCAAAAAUGCUAGCGCAUUGCCAUGUUGUUUGUUAAACUUCUGUCCGGACCUGAUCAGUGACAAGAGGAGCGGACAUUCUCUGGGAAUUAUUUGCACAUUAGCUUGACAAUGAUUUAUUAUAUUUGUGAUAUAUAUUGAGUUACAUGACCUUCUGCGAUAUAAAUGUCUUUCAUAAAAAAAGAAUUAUUCUUUUUUAACAAUCGAUCAGUUUUUGAGACACUAUAUGGACAUACGUGUAGACUUUUUCUUCGAAUAAUUAAAUAUUUUGAAAAUGAUUUGUGAUAUAUUUAUGGAGAUCCAUUAACUAUUUCUGUCAGUUUUAUUUAUCUUUCCGAUAUGUUUUGCACCUCUAUCAAUAAAGUUUUAUUUCACA